AUGGGUGCCUUGGCCUUUGUAUCGGUUGCCGACUUCCCGAAUUCAACUGUGAGGGCGGACUUUGCUGACGGCGCCUCGCCGCAGUGUGCCUUCGUUCUUCGGACAGCAGGAGCCGGCUGCCAGGUCCUGGAUCGAUGCGAGAUUACGCUUCAGAACCUCGCCUCUUCACAGGUGAUGGGCCACUGUGACGGGGAAGCGAACCCCCACAGCCUGGUCUCAACCGCGCUGAAGUUCGACCGGAGCGUGGUGGACUGCCGGCUUUUCGUCGAGAAGGCCCCCGGCCCCAAGAGCCGGAAGCCGCUCCGCGAGGCCGUGCCGUCCACCCAGCAGUCCAUCGACGCCGUUUCGCGGGAAGCGUCGACAUGGUUAGUUGACGGCGUGGACCUGAAGCCCGUCGCGCUGGCAUUGAGUAGAUCCUUCAAGCCUCUGCGGAGCUUGCCAAGAUGCUGGGAGCUUGUUGCAUUGGCCCUACCCAUCUACUACAAGUCUGUGGCACGCGGUCGUCGCAGAGCGGCUCCGGGGCAUUUUCUAACGAGUCCACCGUACACACUUGUGGAACAUCAAGAUCGAGCUCUUCGAGCAGUUGCCGACAUGGCAGCGGCCACAAGUGCAUCAAGUCCGGGCUGCCUGGUGUUAGUGGACGGAAUACCCUUCUUCCUCUCAGAUGCGGAAAUCGCCAAGCUGGAUGCGAAGAGCAAAGCUCGGCAGCAGAAAGCCCGCUCUGAUACCGUUGUCGUAUACAGAAGCUCAGAUGGCUCGGAUGUCCCCUUGGUGCUGAUUGAUGGCGAGUACUUUGCUGCCGCCGGAAUUGGUGGUGGCCACAGCCUGCUCACCACGGCGCCUAGUGGCAUUGUGGCGCUUCUCUGCAGGCUGCCGAGAUCUCUAGUCAAGGAUAAGAAGCAGGAGAUUUGGGCAGGACGCCCACGCUAUCGCCGGUGUGCCGCGUAUGUGGUCACCAUUGAUGUCGGUUCUGUGCGCAACCGAGGGCUCAAGCUAGAGCAAGCAGUGUCUUGCAAAAUGGUGUCUUCAGAAUGCCAGUGUGGACCACUGCUUCCUCUUUCCAUCACGUCUCGGAUACAGAGAGUACAGUUGCAGUUAGAGCCGAAGAUUUUCAAUGUUUUCGGCCUGGCUGAAGUGGCUGUGUGUCUGGUGAUGAUGGAUCACUCUAUCAUAGGCCAGGAUGGUUGGAGGAUGCUUGGAUAUACCUUGGUGACCGUCCGCCAGCGGCGUGGUGCGGAAGCCCUCUUGGCAUCUGCUGCACGCCUCGUGAUUGAACUGGGCAGCUGGGAAGAGCAGCUGCCAGUGGCACACGCCUCUUCCGCGCGCGAGCUUGUGCACGAGGCAAAGGACGAUGUGAUGCGGCUCAUCACCGGGGAGCUCUCAAAGCCCGGCUUCUCUGACCACGAGCUCUCCUUCUUUAAGGGAGAGCUUCGGAAACUAAGUGGUUCCAAAGAAGAGCAGCCACGUGAGGGCAUGGAGGCCUCGGAGGCGGCCAUUCCCUUGACGUCCCUGGCGACUGCGGAGACGGCCGAAGCGCCGGGCAUCGCCGAACUUCGAAGGCAGCUCUCUGAAAGGGUGGAGGCUUCUUCGCCUACGCCAGGGGACCUCGACUCGCUCCAGCGGAUCGUGAGAGACAUGGCUGUGGACGGCUUCACAGCUUGGAAAGUCCUUGAGACCUCGCCAAGCUUCUGGCUCUCGCCUCGAAGGAAAGAGCAUGUGGAAGUGCUUGAAGGGUUGCGUUCCGAGAGUGUUUUCCAGGUCGAAGAGAUCGACUCCGACAUCGAGUUUGUGUCACAGCCAACCUUCACCGUGGACAUGCGGGAUGAGCUGAAGGAUGAGGAGCUGUCAGAGGUUUGCGCCACAAAUUCUUCGAAUCUGCAGCCGGGAUCUGGCUCUGAAGAGCAUCUGUCGUGUCCUCCUCAGAUGUUGCACCCGCACGUGCCGAAAACAGAAGAGCCUCACCGACUCCCGGCUGCAGCUACAGCCGCAGCGGCGAUUGGGUCCCCUCCGCCGUGGUCUUGGGACGUCUACUCAGGACUUCUUCAGGACGACAGCUCCGUGUCAUUGCUCGCAGACAACAUUGCAGAUGCGCUGAUCGAGCAGGCCGGGGGGGGCGGGGGUGUUCUUGCAAGAGAAGAGGGGAAAAUGUUGGAAACCAUGAAACCACCAAAGGUCAAGCUGCAGCUGGACAAGACCCUUGGCACUAGUCAGCUACUCUCCAGACAGGGCCGUCCAAUGAAUCGGCUUCGCUGCCCUCCCCGUUCCAUCAAGCUGCCUUGGGUUUCUUUCUGGGGGGUCCGAGGAUGCGAGCGCUCGUGGCCAGCGGCACUGAGUCAACUGCCUGAUGCCUACUUCCUUGAACUCGGCGUCUCGCAGCGGAGUCGCUUUCGAGAUUCAGUUGAUGGGGCUGUUGACGGGCUCUGGCUCUUCCAUUGCAGAGCUGCAGCUGGUGAGAAGGGGUCGCACCUCCGCUUGCAGAGCACCUGCCUAGUCCAAGAUGGACGGCAGGCACUCGAGGCGUGGUUGGCGGCGUUGGCAGUCACCGGUCAAGUCUGUACCGAAGAAGAGAGCCAGUGUUGCCCCGAGGAGGAAAGCGGUGUUUCGAGUGCAUCCCGCCGCGAUCCCGACCUGAACGUGUACGACUUGAACAUUAGCCCGGACCUUUCCCAGUCAGACUUCUCCGAGAGGGACGUGAACAGCAGGCUUCAGAAGGGUGCCUCGAAAUGCAGCACGCCGAGCAAGCGGAGUGAGAAUCGCUUUGACCCAGCACGAGCGCGGAAGCUGGCAAAAGCUGCCAUGACUUUGCGCGAAUCACCGCUGGAGAGUGAGAUUCCCAACAUCGGAGUCGGAGGAGGGGCUUUGGAGAACUUGGCGGAGAAUUUGGCAGACAUCUUGCCCAUGAGGAGAAGCACCCUCAGCAGUCGGCACGACACCGUCAUUCCGACCCAAGCCGGACGCAAGACCGUACAGGUUCUGCCGAACUCGGUGUCAGGUGCUUGGCGCAGACAAGCUAAAGUUCUGGCCGCGCAAAUGAGAGAGGAGAUGGCCGAGGAGGUGAAGAUGGCGAAAAACAACAUGUCCUUUCGUGGCGGCCUGUGGUGGUUGCGUCAACUGGUGGGGCUUCGGACCUUGACGAAGCCAAGACAGGCAAAGUACAUCAGCCUCAUCGCCGCCUCUCUAACACUUGCUGCGUCCAGCUUCAGCUUCUACUGGGAGAGCUACGAGGUCUUCCUCGCAAGAAACCUACUGGACGCAUCCGUGGUUGCAAGUGCUGUCAUUGGCUUGCUUAUACACCACUUCUGCUCAAAACUUUCCGAGAACUGUCUAUCCGCAGGAGAGCAAGACGGCCUACUCCAAGCGCACUCUGUAGCCUUUGGAUACACCCAGCCCUGGCUGGUAAUAUCCCGUGAUCAUGGUAAUCACCUGCUUCUUUUGUGGAUAUGCUCCGUGAUCUCCAGGGUUACCACAAAGAUCUACGAGACUCGAUCUGUGGAAUCCUACCUGCGUGUACAAACGGUCGCAACAGGUGUGGUUGCCUAUAUCCUGGCUUCUGGUAUCAUUUGUGCGCUUUGCAUGCGGGUGGGUCACAUCUGCAGCGCCAUGCGAACAAGCCUGAUUCAAUACAUGCAAGAGCUGUGCGCCGAGAAUGUUUCCUUCGAUGGCAUGGCCCAGGAGUGGAACACGAUCCAAAUCUUCGUGAGAACGUUGUGUGACGGAUGCUCGUAUUCCUUGGCUCUCCAAGUUGGCAUGAUUCCAGUUAUGGCUGCCAGCACCAUCUUCCGGAUACUGUGGAGCGAUAGCAACGUGGUGGACAUGCUGUUCAGCCUGCUACCCUUUCUUGCAACGUCGCUGAUGCCGUUUCAUGCGCUGGUGACUGCGGCGAGUACGACUCAGCAGUGCGAACAGUCGCCACAGGUGGCCAAUUCUAUGCUUGUCAGCGAAUGGGACAACUCGAUGUCACAGGAUCUUUUGGCUUUCAUGUCGCGCUGCGACAUCGGUUUUUUCAUCAAUGAUUUGCGGGUGACGCCCGCAGCGGUCAUGAAGAGCACCUAUGUCCUGGUGGGAGUCCUGGUGACCAUCGAGGUGAAGCCGGAUGACCUCGACGACACCGAGCGCUUGCCGAAGGAGUCCGAGGCAUGGCCUCAGCUUUUCCCACCGGCCAACACCAGCGCGCAGGUGCGCCACGACGCGGAGAAAGCCGCCGCUGUGGCCAUGCAGGCUGGAGACUUCACCGGCGCGAUCAAUGUGUACACGGAGGCCAUGAGAAGUGGGGGCUCCAAUCCGCAGAUGCUCUGCACCCGCUCGGCGCUGCUGCUGAAGAUGAAGCGGCCCUGUGCAGCGAUCCGGGACUGCACUGCGGCAUUGAAAAUCAACAACCACAUGGUGAAGGCAUACCGCCUUCGCGGCAUGGCGCAUCGUCGUCUCGGACACUGGAAAAAGGCGUACCGGGACCUGACGGAGGCGCAGCACCUCAAGUUUGACCCGGACACGUCAGACAUGCACAAGAUGGUGGCGGGCAAGUUGGGUGUCACCCUCACGGGCCCGAAGACUAGGGAGGACUCUCCAAAGAAGCGAAGCAAGGCUCGAGAGUCUCCACCGCCUCGGAUGUUUUUCCCGGAUCCGAUUAUACCUGAGAUACACUUCCCGGCACCAGUCGCCGCUCCGGAUCCACCUCUGGAGAAGGGGCAGGCGGUGCUCCUGAUUGGUCUCCAAAGAGCCCCACAGCUUAACGGCCGCCGUGGUGUGGUGGAACGGGAGGACCCUCGGCCGGCAUCCAAGGGACGCUGGGAAGUGGAGAUUCGCAUGGAUGGCGGUGCCCUGGAAGUCAAGUCCAUCAAACGAGAGAACAUUCAGACCUUGAACAAGGUCGAUCGCGAAGCGUGCAAGGCUUGGGCCAAAGCCGAAAAGAUGCACAAGGAAGCCAGGGACAGGCGAGAGCAGCAGGAGGAGAUCCAGAAGUACAAGAACGUCGUCGAGGCUUUGUACUCGGCCCACUCUCGAAGGGACUUGCUGCGGACGCUUGGGCCAGAGCAGGCGCUGAGUGUCUUGGAUCGGUGUGAAGGUCCCAGCGUGACGAACGUCAGCGGCUUUGUCAUCACGCAGGCCAAACUGCUUCUCGGGCAGGACUCCGACUCCGACGGCGACGGUGAGUCGCAAGCAAAGAAGGCCUCGAACUGCUUGUUGUGCACAUUGAGAUGA